AUGGGGUCCAGUCCUGGGUCAUCACCUACUGUAUCCACAACUACAACGCCCCGUCUGGGCGAGGCGGACACCUACCGUGCGUUACGCCGUGCGUUUGGCGUGUGGGAGAAGCUGACGCCGCUGAGCUUCCGGGAGGUUCCGUACGCGGAGGUGAUGGCGGGCCGGGCGCCGGUGGCGGACAUCGUGGUCUUCUUCGGCGAGGGUUUCCACGGCGACAGCACGCCCUUCGACGGCGUUGGCGGCUUCCUGGCCCACGCCUACUUCCCCGGGCCCAGCAUCGGCGGCGACACGCACUUCGACGCAGCCGAGCCCUGGACCCUCAACAACGAAGACCUCAUGGGCAACGACCUGUUCCUGGUGGCGGUGCACGAACUGGGCCACGCGCUGGGCCUAGAACAUUCCAAUGACCCCAGCGCCAUCAUGGCUCCGUUCUACCAGUGGAUGGACACCGAAAACUUCCAGCUGCCCGAGGACGACCGGCGAGGAAUCCAGCAGCUGUACGGACCACCGGACUACGACCCUCGACCCAAGCCCACCAAGAAGGCCCCCACCCUCCCGCCCCAUGUCCCGCGCUUGCCCACCAAGGACCCCUUCCACCCCACCAAACCCCCCAUGUUCCCCACCAAGCCGGCGAGCCCCUACGGGCCUCGGAUAUGCGACGGCAGUGUGGACACCAUCGCCGUGCUCCGCGGAGAGAUGUUCGUCUUCAAGGGCAAGUGGUUUUGGCGUUUACGGGAUGAGCAGGUGCUCGAAAACUACCCCAUGCCGAUCGGACACUUCUGGGUGGGACUGCCCAAUAACAUCGACACGGCAUACGAGAGGAAAGAUGGCAAGUUCGUCUUCUUCAAAGGGAACCAGUACUGGGUGUUCCACGAGGCCACGCUACAGCCGGGCUUCCCCAAGAGGCUGCAGGAGUUGGGGAACCGAGUGCCUCGUGACCGGAUCGACGCCGCGCUCUGGGUGGGCCUCAGCGGCAAGACGUACUUCUUCCGCGGCGACAAGUACUACCGUUACAACGAGGACACUAAGUCUGUGGACGCUGAUUACCCGAAGCCCAUCAACGUUUGGCAGGGCAUUCCCAACUCUCCCAAAGCCGCCUUCGUCUCUGCUGAUGAAGCCUACACCUACUUUGUGAAGGGCAACCACUACUGGAAGUUCAACAACCAGCUGUUGCGUCUGGAGCCGGGAUUCCCCAAGUCUCUGGUGCGGGAUUGGUUUGGCUGCCGGAAACACCCGGAGCUGGACCCGGACCGUGAGGUUGUGGUGGUGGUGGAGGAGUCCGAGGUGACGGUCAGUGCGGCCGCCAUCAUCGUCCCGGUCUUGCUGCUCCUGGCUGUGCUGGGACUGGCCGCCACCCUGGUACUCUUCAAACGCCACGGCACACCCAAGAGACUACUGUACUGCCACCGCUCCCUGCUCGACAAGGUGUGAGGAGGGGGGGGGCUGGUCCUGUCCCCAAAUACCCUUCCCCCCCCCCAUCCCCCCCCCCCCCCCCCCCCCCCCCCCUCUCGACAAGGUGUGAGAGGCUGGAAAUGUCCCCAAAUCUCCACCCCACCCCCCCCUCCCUCUCAAACCCACCGCUCCCUGUCCGAGUGAUGUGUGAGUCGUCCCAUUCCCAACCCGAACCAGGAGAGACCCCCGUCCCCUCCCCCCCCCCCGUCCCCGAAUAACACAGUCCUGUCCCAACUCCCAAAAUGGAGUUGCUCCCCAACUUGACCCCACCCAACCCAACCCAGCCCAACCCAACCCAACCC